AUGAACGAAGCCGCAAUCCUCACAUCCCCAAACUCCCCUCUCACCUUACACAUCCUCCCCAUCCCCAAGCCUUCCGCCUACGAACUCCUAAUCAAGGUCUAUUUAAUCGGCAUCAACGCCAUCGAAGCCAAGAUCGCCAAACGCGGCACCCCACCACCGCCUUCCUACCCCUUCAUCCCAGGCUCUUCCUACACGGGCACCAUCGAGGCCAUAGGCACACACGUCACAAAGUAUCAAGUUGGCGACCGCAUUCUCGUUAGCAAGAGAUUCGGUACACAGGGCAAUGAAUAUGGCGCGUAUCAACGCUACGUCCUCGUUGCUGCGGGGGAGAAGAUGGUAGUCAGACUACCGGAAGGCAUGAACAAAGAUGAAGAAGCAGCGUUGGCAGCGUUGGUAAUGAACGCGACUUGUGUUCCCGGUCUCUUCUCCGGGCGAUUGGGAUUGCGCAAGCCAGGUGAUGAGGUCCAAGAAGGAGAAGAAAGAGAAAAGAUAUUGAUAUACGGCGGAAGUUCCAGUUUCGGCCGUCUAGCAGUGCAGUACCUCCAGUGUGCGGGAUACGAUGUUACCACCACGUCUUCCCCGCGGUGUAUGGUUACUGUAUGUGAGCUCAUUGGGAGCGAGGGUAACGUUAUCGACCACACACUUCCACUCGAACGAAUCAUCGCGGAACUCAGAGUGCGUGGACCAUACGAUGUUGUCGUGGAUAUGAUAUCCACAGCCCAAACCAUUCCCCUCGCAAGUCGCGUUCUGGAGGCACAAGGCGGCGGAAAGCUCUCCACUACACAACCGGCGUUUGGACCUGAGGAUUUGCCAGAGGGUGUAGAGAGGGUGUUUGAACCGUGGUCAGACUCGUUGUACGAGGAGGGGAAUGAAGGAUUGAUGGAAUGGGUUGUGGGGACGUAUUUACCGUUUGGCAUGGAGAAGGGGUGGAUGAGUGCGCAGGAGGUUGAGAUGGUGAAGGGCUUAGAGAGCGUUGAUGGGGUUUUGGGGAGGAUGGCAGAGGGAUACGGGGGUGGUAAGAGGUUUGUUGUUGAGCUUGGCAGGUAA